AUGUCGUCUGCCGACGUUGUUAGAGAUGGCAAGCGCCUCUCGCUCAACUUUCCCAUAACGCCCGCUGCAGGCAGCACGUCGCCUUCGCGCUCACGACCGCAAUCUUGGGUUGCCACCCCCAUUACUUCCCCUGAAAUCGUGCCCUCUCCGACCGAGGGCAGUUUCCUCACCGUCCUCGCCGCUCAGGAGCGCCGCGUGCUCGAGCUGAAGGAAGAGCUCAACAAGGCCGAGCGGGACCUCGUCGACCUUAAAAAACAAUGGACAAGGCAUGAAGGCCUCAAGCAGCGUAACGAUGUCCGCCGUGUUCAGCAACUACAACCACUGAACACCGGCCUCGCAAACAUAACUACCGACGACGACGACCAAGACGGCUCGUCGGCGUGGAUGCAGAAAGAAAUGGAGCGAAGAAAGGCCCUUCUUAGCAACACAAAGACGUCUCAACGAAAAGUCUUCAGCGGCUCCCGCCAUACUCGAACGUUAUCGUUACUAUCACCUGAUAAGCUCACGUACUCUCCCUCCUUCCCCCAACCUGCCGAUGUUCGCCAAUCUCUCGACGAGACGCUUAAGCGCCAACCAUUGACACGCACCUCCACCACCCCCGACAUCGCCACCACUAUCGCAAACUCGAUCAAAGACGAACGCUACGAUCUAUCAAGUAUACAACGAGACAUUCUGCUACAGACAGGCAAACGAGUCGCUAUCGACUUAAAAGAUGGCUUGAUGACCUUCCUCGAGGAUCUACGCCAAGCCACCGUCGGCGACGAAGCCGUCCAGCAGCCGGAUGAUAUCGAAGGCCGUCCGAACGCCAAACGACAAAGCAGCAAGGCAAGUCUCAAGAGCGGCCGUCCGUCCCUAAACCGCAAUGCAAGCCUAUCCAACAAGCAUAGCGGCGAGGAAGCCAACCUCAUAGACAUCAGCGAGUCGUUCUGGAAAGAGAACGGCUUAGACGAGCCAAAGUCAGUGGCCAGCACACAAGUCAAGAAGGGUGCCAAAAAGACUCCCCAGACGCCGCAAAAGUCUUCCCAGAAAAUCAAUGACAAUUUCGAAGAUAGCUGGGACACGUGGGACACACCCAAUGAGCAGCACACCACCGGAUCCAGUAACGAGUCCGAUUCGGAGGACUCAGCACGAAGCAGCCCCAGGACCAGCACAAGUUCGACCGGCCUCGGUGUAGCAACACCCGACACCAUGUCUAACCGUAACUCCAUCCCCUGGCCUGACCUCGUCAAGCUCUCCCCAAACAACCUGAAACGAACAGCAUCCCACCUCAUGAAAGAGUGGGAGAAGAGCCUUACGCCCCCGGCCGAGUCUCGCGAGGCCAGCCAUGCGAGCGGCGAUUACGUUGGGCGAUCAGCUUCUCCGGUACGGAAAGCAUAA